ACAGCAAAACAUGCGCAUGCUCAGUAGAAAUGCAAAAUCAUACAUUGGCGCAUGUGACACACACGGGAGGAGUAAGCUUCGACGUGGUGAAUACAAUUCAACGCAAUGGCUUCAUGGAGGAAAACUGGUCUGACACUGGUGUUUAUCUCUGGAACUUACGUCUUCUAAAACGGUCUGCAAUACACCCGGGGCAGGCCUCGGAGGACGAAACUACUAGCGAUUUAUUACCAGGGACACUGUGGCUGAAACAUUCAGCGUUACCGAGCCCACUGACCAAUAGUAUUCCACACCAACAAAUUCUCCCAUCCGGGAUGGAAGUGAUCUUCAACGUAGACAAGGACACUAAUGAGGUGAGCUGGUUCACCUAUAUCCUGUACUGUCUUGAGAUAAAGAUACUUAAUGUUCACAUUUCACAUUUAGUUUGUUAACAUUGUUAAUAUGUUAAGGCUUAAACAAACACUCAGGAUUUAUGUACCAAGUGAGUUUAAGUCUGAAAGACAGACCAUGAGAUGGGAAUAUUAACGUACAGUUCUGGCGACA